AUGGCUCCGCAACCGCUGGAACAGGGUGGAGCGGUGACCAGCUUCAUCCCCACGGGGCAGGAGAUGGCGCAGCGGCAGAACCUCAUCCCGUUGGGUCGUUUGAUCGAUUUCAUCAUCCAACGGACCUACCACGAGCUAACGGUUCUCGCAGAGCUGUUACCACGCAAAACGGAUAUGGAUCGGAAGAUUGAGAUCUACAAUUUUUCCGCCAGCACACGGCAGCUGUUCAUUCGGUUGCUGGCACUGGUGAAGUGGGCCAACUCGGCCUCGAAGGUCGACAAGUCGGCCAAAAUAAUGGGCUUCCUGGACAAACAGUCGAUGCUGUUCAUCGACACGGCGGACAUGCUGUCGCGGGUGGCCCGUGAAACCCUCGUGCACGCGCGGCUUCCGAACUUUCACAUUCCGGCGGCGGUCGAAAUCCUGACCACCGGAUCCUACUCCCGGCUGCCGUCGAUCAUACGCGAGCGCAUCGUGCCGCCGGAUCCGAUUACGCCGGCCGAGAAACGCCAAACGCUGCAGCGGCUCAACCAGGUCAUCCAGCACCGGCUGGUGACGGGGAAUCUGUUGCCGCAGCUACGAAAGUUUCGCAUCGAGAAUGGGCGCGUCACGUUCAAGGUGGACCACGAGUUUGAGGUAUCGCUGACAGUGAUGGGUGAUGCGCCGACUGUCCCGUGGCGCCUCCUGGACAUUGAUUUUCUCGUGGAGGACAAGGAAACGGGCGACGGGAAGGCGUUGGUCCACCCGCUGCAGGUGAACUACAUCCACCAGCUGAUCCAGGGCCGGAUCGUUGACUGCAUCGAUGCGCUGGCCGAAGUGUACUCGUGUCUGCACUACUUCUGCCAAUCGCUGCAGCUCGAGGUGCUUUACACGCAAACGCUCCGCCUGAUACGGGACCGGCUGGACGACCACAUUCACGUGGACGAGUAUAUCGUGGGUUCGAAGCUAACCGUUUCCUACUGGCGCGAGCUAACGAACAAGGACCCAAAAUCGGAGCUCGGCUACCGGUUGACCAUCCAGACAGAUCCGAACGAUUGCUCCAAACAGCUGGCCAUUCUGCACGUGCCCUCGAUCGGUAGCAAGGAAGCGGACAUUGCCGAUCGCGCCGUUCGUUCGGAUCUGCUCUCAAUGGAGCGGCUGCUCGUGCACACGGUCUACGUACGCUCGUUGGCCCGUUUGAACGACGUCAAGACGGAGCUGCAACACUUCCUGAAGGACGUGGAGUACAACAUUCACGGCACACCGGCCAUGCUGACGGUGCCGGUGUUGAAUCCGUGCCUACGGGCCGAGCACAUCUACAUUACAGUCGACACGCACACCGGUAUGCUGCGAUGUCACGUUCCGAAGCACCUGGACUGUCCCAUCAUGCCCGACAUGCAGCACGCCCUGAACAACGAUUGGUCCAAGCUGCAGCAUCUGAUCUCGGAGCUCCGCUACUGGAUCACGCAGCGACGGUGCGAGAAGACUCUGCAGCACCUACCGGCGACCACGCAGGACCGCUUGCCGUUGGUCUUUCCGCCGAAUCAUCCGAUCACACGCAUGGGACCACACAAAGUAUUCAUUCAACUUUACCGCCAUGCCAACGUCAUCCUGAUUGUGGAGCUGAAAGAGAAGAAAAGUUGCCCAAACGAAAUGACCUACUCCUUCUACGUGGUGCUCGUGAAACCAUCGUCCGUUGAGGAGGGACAAACGGGACUCCCAGAUGCCCCACAAGGGGCUGGUUCGGGCCCAAAUGAAACGGGUGCAGCCGGUAUGCCCAAAUUGUAUCUUCGCGUUUUGUCGCUGAUCGAGUUCGAUACGUUCGUGGCGACGCACGGUCCAGGGACACCGAUUGACGAGACGCCAGCCGUCGGGUGCAGCAAGCGCAAACUUCAAUCGACCGAACUGGCGUUGAGCGCUUUGGGGCCGCCGAUGAAGCAACAGAAAACCAUCUAUCCGGCGUACUUUAUCCCAGAACUGGCUCACGUCGUGGCGAUGUGCGACGAAAAGCUACCUUUCGUGGCACUGGCGAAAGAGUUCUCUAACCGGCGCAUACCGCACGGUGGCCUGCAGGUGGAAGCGAAUGCCACAUCGCUGGUGCUGAAGCUACUGACGUUGCCUCAACCCAAACCGCCCCAAAUCCCGGCAACGGCGCAACAAACCCAACAUGGGUCACAAUCUCAACAGCACUCGCACCCAGCGCAGCAAGGCUCGGCCACCGGACCGGACGGGAAGCCAGUGGGCGAACCGAAAACCGUUCACGUCCCACCGAUCGACAAGCAGGUGUGGAAUGCACUUCUCAAACGCCUGCUCUCGGUAUCGGUCCGGGCGCAGGUUAACAAGAGCAACCAGACACGUCUCUGGACGACGGAACUCGUAUUCUACGGGUCCCCGCUGCCCAGCCUGCACCACAAAGAGCAGGGUAUGCGCCGGGCCGUCUAUCUGCAGUACGAAAUGCUGCCCGUUGACUCGGUCGCCAAGGUGGUCGAUCUACUGCUGAACGAUUGGUCGAAGAUCGUCUACCUCUACACGCUCGUGCACGAGUUUCACGAGCAGUUGGGCAACGAAAAGUACAAUCUGCAGAGCAUGGUGACGAUCAAGUCGUACAGCUACACGAACCUGCUGCUGGCGUACGGCCCAAAGAAGGAGGUGAACGUGAACAUCUGCUGGGACACGGAGGCGAAAGAGUUUAAGCUCGUGUUCACCGGUGGCAACAGUGCGAUCAAUGCGCACUCUAUGAUGCGCGAUCAGCUGCAGGCCCACCUGAACCACAACUACAACCUGGCGCAGAUCGUGCACAUGCUGCACGAAACGUACCAACCGCUCAGCUCGAUCGCCAAGCUGCCGAUCAUCCCGCACCUUGCCAUCCUGCAGUCGCCCAAGAUUCCGGUUCUCUCGUUCUGCAUCAUCCCACAGUCGCCCACGUUGCUGCGGAUCUCGUUUCAAGGCGUUUACUGUCUCGAGGUGCGCUUCCGGGGCGGCGGACUGUGUACGGUCCGGGACGGAGCGUACAGUCGCUUCGAUCGUACGCACGUCGUCGAGGAGUUUACCCCGACGCAGGGCCUGAAAGGGUUCCUCUCGAAGUACGUCGACGAGUCGGCCGUCUUCCGGAGACGCUCCCAAUCGGAAGACGAUAAUCCUCCUUCGCCCGUCACGAUGGAAGAUCCGUCCCAUGCCGCUGCCGCCGGUGGUGGCGGUGCAGUCGGAAGCGGAUCGGUUGGAUCGAACACUUUUCUCGGUGGCGGAACAGGUGGCAUGCGCGGUCCACAGAGUCCCCGUGAUCCGGGGUUGCGCUUCGCGGCACCCCUCACGCCGCCCACCGGUUCCAAUCCUCACACACCGGCCAGUCCGCACCCGAUCGGUGGCGGUGGUGGAGCUGGGACAGGUGGCGGACCCGGUGGACAGGGUGGUGGCCCUGGCAGCGGACAGGGUGGCCAGGGUGGUCAUAUGAACAAUUUCAACAUGACCUCCCCACCGGCCUCGCACAUGCCACACCCUUCGCCGAGUGGUGGCGGAUUGAUGCCAUCGUCGCCACUGAACGCCCAGCCCAGCCCGAUGGCGGCCCAUUCACCGGGACCAAGUAAUCUCGCGUACAUGCAGGGUGCCCACACCGACGGCAGCCCAUUUGCGGCCCUCUCCCCGGCCGCCUCCAACUGGCCCGGCUCCCCCGGAAUGCCACGCCCGUCACCAAGGCCUGGUCAGAGCCCGGAACACAAAGCCCAAACGCCUCACCAUUACACGUCGCGCGUCAUUCCGGCGCGAUCGUGGGCCGGAGCCAUUCCGACGCUGUUGACCUACGAAGCGCUCGAUACGCUUUGCCGUGCGACGCCACAUCCGCAGAAGGAAAUUCCCGGCCCAGAGCUGAGCCCUCUCGAGCGUUUCCUCGGCUCGGUCUUUAUGCGUCGCCAGCUGCAGCGCAUCAUUCAUCAGGAAGACAGCUUGAUGGCAAUCACGUCGAACGAACCGGGGGUCGUGGUAUUUAAAGCGGACUGUCUGCAGUACCAGGUGUUCCUGAACCCGAACCACAUGCAAUCGUUGCACCUGAAGGCGAUUCAGCUGCCGACGAUGGGCGGCGGGAACCCGAUGAUGGACGGCAAACCGGUGCCGUACCAGUGGGCGGUGGAAGAUUUGCAAGUUCUCGAACAGUUCUUCGACCAACGGGUUGCGGCCCCACCGUACCGGCCGGCGGUUAUGACGAGCUUUACGCGAAUGCUCAAUCUUCCGGCGAAGGUGCUGAUGGAUUUUAUCCAAAUUAUGCGACUCGAUCUGAUGCCCGAGCUGGGGCAGGGCAACAAGUGGAACGUGCAGUUCGUUCUACGCAUGCCACCGUCGGCCACACCGAUCGUGCCGGUCGGCACGACGACCAUCCUGUCCCACCGCCAAAAGAUUCUGUUCUUCAUCCAGAUCACGCGCAUCCCCUAUCUGCCGAACAUGGAGUGGAAGGACGCGGUCACGAUGCUGCUCCCGAUGGUGUACGAUAUGAACAUGAACCACACCACGCUGGCCGAGCGGCGAGAGCCCAUGCCACCGCAGCUGACCAGUGCGGUCAGUGCCCACUUGCGCCGCUUUUCCGAGUGCUCCGUGCUGCAGCAGGGCGAAUGUUCGCUCUUUCCUGCCGUACGGGACCUUCUGCUGACGCUGACGCUUCCAAACGAACCGCCUGUGCCGGGGCAGAUGCCAAUUCAGCUCGGUGGUGUCAUGCAGCAGGGUGGCGGUCCGGGCGGACCGGGUGUACCGAUGGGAGGACCGAAUGCCGUUCCUCCGUCACAGGUUGUCCCGCAAGUCGGUUCCAGCCCCAACCCGAUGAUGCACUCACCGAUGCAACAGCAGCAGAUGGGUGCCGGCGGCCAACCAGGUGGCAAUUACGGUGGAAUGGUCGGUGGAGGCGGUGGAGGACCGCCGGGUGGCGUGGGCCCCGGAGUUGGUGGACCGGGUGUCCCUUGAAAGUUGUAUAAAAACCGAAUGGAAAACGAAUUCAACAUUUGAAAUUGAUUUGUAAAAUAUACCAAACAUACGAUAGCACGAUUUACAUACCGUUUUGCGUUUGUGAAAAGAACUUAAAUUGUUGAAUGGUGACCGGGAAUCGGGAGCUUUGGCAUCCUCACGAGGGUUU